UCUACGUCUCCGCCCGUCUCAUACAGGAAGCAGGAUGGGCUAACCACUUCGCUGUCAACAAAGGGCAAAAUUGUAACAAAUCCAUGUCGACGUUGGUGUUACUGCUGAAUUUACGCUCCUCUGUCGAGUUUGUAUUUGUUUGCCUCGCCAGCUGAUCCUGAAAGAUGGCGACGACUGCUCAGCUUUUCGAGGAGCCCUUUGACGCUGAUGAGUACAUUGAAAGAUUGGCCUGGAGGACUCCGGGUGGGGGAUCCAAAGGAGGAGCUGAAGCAUUUGACCCUAAACGGUUGUUGGAGGAGUUUGAGAACCACAUCGAGGAGUUGAAACAACUAGAUGAGAAGAUACAGCGGAGGGUAGAGAAGUUGGAGCAUCAAUGUCACCGUGAAGCUAAAGAAUUUGCCCACAAAGUGCAGGAUCUGCAAAGGAGCAACCAGGUAGCCUUCCAGCAUUUUCAGGAGCUGGAUGAGCAUAUCAGUUACGUGGCAACCAAAGUGUGUCACCUAGGCGAUCAGCUGGAAGGUGUGAACACUCCACGACAACGUGCUGUGGAAGCUCAGCGGCUGAUGACCUACUUCAACGAGUUCUUGGACGGGGAACUGCGUAGCGAUGUAUUCAAUAACCCAGACAAGAUUAAAGAGGCUGCUGAUAUAAUUCAGAAGCUCCAUCUCAUUGCCCAGGAGCUGCCAUUCGACAGGUUUUCAGACGUCAAGGCCAAAAUUGCAAGUAAGUACCAUGACCUGGAGCGUCAGCUAAUCCAGGAGUUCACUGCUGCCCAACGCAGGGGAGAGAUUGGACGCAUGCGGGAGGUGGCAGCAGUUCUCCUACAUUUCAAGGGUUACGCUCACUGUGUCGAUGUCUACAUCAAACAGUGUCAGGACGGUGCUUACACGAGGAAUGAUGUGUUUGAAGACACAGCAGCCCUCUGCCAAAGGGUCAACAAACAGGUGGGCGAGGUCUUCAGCAGCCCAGAAACCGUCAUGGCCAAACUGAUCCAGAAUAUCUUUGAAAAUAAAUUACAGGCCCAUGUAAGGGAAAAACUGGAUGACACGCGGCACUCUGACGUGGAACAGUACCUCAAGAACCUCUAUGACCUUUACACAAGAACCACAUUGUUGGCCACCAAGAUCAGCGAGUUCAACCUGGGCUCGGACAAGCACACGUUUCUGUCCAAGCUCAUAAAGAGCAUCUUCUCCUCAUACCUGGAAAGCUACAUUGACAUGGAGAAGGACUAUCUUCGCAAUCGCGGUGCCAUGAUUCUUCAGCGUUACUACGACUCCAAGAACCACCAGAAGCGUCCAAUUGGCACCGGAAGUAUCCAAGAACUAAAGGAGCGGAUUAGACAGCGCACUAAUCUACCACUAGGCCCUAGUAUUGACACCCACGGGGAGACCUUUCUCUCUCCAGAAUUGGUGGUCAACCUUCUGCAAGAAACUCGUCACGCUUUUGAGAGAUGCAACAGGCUUUCAGAUCCUGCAGACCUGCCAAAGAACGCCUUUUUAAUCUUCUUGCUGCUGGUCGAACAUCUGUGCGUGGACCACAUCGACUAUGCUUUGGAGAUCGGUCUUUCAGCAAUUCCCUCCUCAGAUGCCAAGAACGCCAAUUUGUAUUUCCUGGAUGUCGUCCAACAGGCUAACUCUAUAUUUCACUUGUUUGACAAGCAGUUCAACGACCAGCUUAUGCCUCUCAUAAGUUCAUCUCCAAAGUUGGCUGAAUGUUUGCAGAAGAAAAAAGAAGUGAUCGAACAGAUGGAGGUAAAACUGGACACAGGAAUAGACAGAACGCUAAAUUGCAUGGUGGGACAAAUGAAGCACAUCUUGGCAACAGAACAGAAGAAGACUGACUUCAAGCCAGAGGAUGAGAACAACGUCCUGAUGCAGUACACCACAGCCUGCGCCAAGGUCUGUGUCUACGUCAGGCGGCAGGUGGAACAUGUGCGGAAAUCUAUGGAUGGCAAGAACGUGGACACGGUGCUGACAGAGUUGGGAGUUCGCUUCCACCGACUCAUUCACGAGCAUCUCCAACAGUACAGCUACAGCUCUAUGGGAGGCAUGCUGGCCAUCUGUGAUGUGGCUGAAUACCGACGAUGCGCCAAGGACUUCAGGGUGCCUCUGGUGCUGCAGCUCUUUGACACUCUACACGCCCUGUGUAACCUUCUGGUGGUCGCCCCUGACAACCUAAAGCAGGUGUGUUCAGGCGAGCAACUAACCAAUCUGGACCGCAACCUCCUGCACGCCUUCGUCCAGCUCAGAGUCGACUACCGUUCAGCACGAUUGGGUCGCCACUUCAGCUAAUGACCAGGCCGAGACUCUGCAAACACCCUCCGUCCAAUACCACGGUCCGCUGCCACGCUUCAAUGAAUUGUUGCACUUUGGAUAGAGGAUGCGACAGUCCGCCUUGAUAGACUCUCCGAGGGUUGGUGUCAAAAAGAAGUGAUGUCAACUGUUCCUUGAAUGUGGGAUAAUGUGCAUUUUACCUCUUGCUUAAAAUGUGUAUCAAUGUCAUAUUUGUUUUUAAAUACUAAUCUGGCACCCAUGUUUAGAUUCCACCAUUAAUGGACAUUGAUUUAUGUACAAAUAAUAUUAUUUUUGAUUGUGCCAACACUCUGGCUGCCCUCAUGCACCCAGAAUAAACCCUCUCACUGCUGUAAAGGGAAACAACGUCUUGACUCAGCAAUGAGAAGCAUGGGCUAGAGCUCUUGUCUGGAUAAGAGAGACACAUGACUACCUUGCUGACCGUUGACCCCAAAGCACAAAGCGAAUGUCAAGAGGCCGCUGAAGUGAAGUGAGAUCCAAACUCGAAACGGGUCUUGAGAACCUCUUCAGAGGUUUGGGUGGUCCUUUGUUGGUUCAGAUGACUGUUGCGAUGGGUCACUGAGUAUGUGUCACUGUAAUUGCAGAGAUCAACACUUGCUCAAAGACGUUCCUGGCUAGAAGCGCACACUCCGGGUCAGGGGAGAUGAAACACUGACCUUUACUGAUUAGAGAAACACUAGGGAGAAGCUCCACACAGCGCUUUAAUGGUGGUUGCGGUCUUUUUGCACUAAAAACAAGGUUGAUGAUUCCUGGAAAUGUCUUCUCUGCAAAGCUGUUCCCAAUGUGCAACCCUCGGCAAAAAUGAUGGACUCACCAGUUGCAGGAUGUUCUGGCAGUUGUUUAA